AUGGACGCACCGACGAAGCGGCGGAACCAGCCCGGCGGCGCGCACCCUACACGCCGUAAGCACUGGGGUCCCGCGGCGAAGGACGCCUCCAAGAAUGGGGCUGCGGACGACGACGACGAGAUGGACAUGGACGAGACAGACUACCAUUCUGUGGCGGCUGAUGCAGCUGGUCCUGUGCCAAGGAAGGAGAAGAAGGGCAUGGAUUUUAGCCAGUGGCGUGAGUUUGUUGGCGAUGCUCCCCCCAAGCGGAGGCAGGGGAAGCCAGUGCAGGCCAAGAAACAGAGUGAUCAGAGAAUUGAUGCUGGGGCUGUGGCUUCUAAGGUUGGUGGUGUGGCAGCUACGGGGAGAGCAUUGGAGGGAGGUGCUAUGCGGCUUGACAGUGGAGAAUUGGAGGGAGGUGCUAUGCGGCUUGACAGUGGGAAUGCUAGGGAAGGACCAGGUGCUGUGCUUUCGGUUUCUGAUGUGGUGUCCAAGAAGCCAAUGAGUCAGGCUGAAUCGAGAGAUGAAUUGGUGAAGGCAGGUGAGGUUAGGAAUUCGACAUCACAAGCAGAGAGUAUGGACCUGGACGGCAGGGAGUCAUCGAUGGAAGCAGAGAUCAGUGCAGAGAACAUGGCUAGGUUGGCUGGGAUGUCUGCAGGGGAGAUUGCAGAGGCCCAAGCAGAUAUUGUAAAUAAGCUGAACCCUGCAUUGGUGGAGAUGCUGAGGCGGCGGGGAAGGGAGAAAUCUGGAGGCACGAAGGAUGUGGGUAAGGACAAGGGUCUGGAAAACUCAGGACCGCAGAAGACCAAAAGGGCUACACCAGGGGAUUGGUUGACUGCUGGUGAACAUAGUGGGCACUCUUGGAAGGUGUGGAGUGAGAGAGUGGAGCGGAUCAGGUCUUGUAGGUUCACAUUAGAUGGAGACAUAUUGGGGUUCCAAUUUUCUCACGAGCAACAAGAUGGCAAGAAGAUGCAUUCAGAAAGUGUUGCUGAGCGUGAUUUCCUUAGAACUGAAGGAGAUCCUGCAGCUGUUGGGUACACAAUCAAGGAGGCAGUGGCACUUACCAGGAGCAUGGUUCCGGGGCAGCGUGUGCUUGCAUUUCAACUUCUUGCUUCUAUUCUGAAUAGGGCAUUGCAGAACCUUCAUAAGAUUGAUCUAAUGGAUAAUGUUAAAGGAAUGAAUUCUAAUGAAGAAUUCGAUGACUGGCAAGCAAUUUGGUCCUAUGCCCUUGGGCCUGAACCAGAGUUGGUACUCUCCCUAAGGAUGGCUUUGGAUGAUAACCAUGAUUCUGUAGUUCUGAGUUGUGCUAAAGUAGUUAAUGUCAUGCUGAGCUGUGAGUUCAAUGAAUCCUAUUUUGAAUUUUCAGAGAAAGUAGGUAAUGGAAAAGAUAUCUGCACAGCUCCUGUAUUUCGUAGCAAACCUGACCUAGAUGGAGGCUUUCUUGAAGGUGGGUUUUGGAAAUACAACACAAAACCAUCAAAUAUACUCCCACAUUAUGGUGACAAUGAUGAGGACGAAGCUGAUGACAAGCAUACAAUUCAGGAUGAUGUUGUUGUGUCUGGCCAAGAUGUUGCUGCUGGUUUUGUUAGGAUGGGGAUACUUCCACGAAUCUGUUUUCUGUUGGAGAUAGACCCAUCUCCUGCUUUAGAAGAUUAUCUCGUAUCGGUUCUUGUAGCACUAGCCAGGCACUCUCCACAUUCUGCUGAUGCAAUCUUGAAUUGCCCAAGACUUAUUCAAAGUGUUACUAAGCUGUUGAUAAAUCAAGGAUCAAUGGAAAUUCGCUCCUCACAAAUCAAAGGGGUUACUCUCUUGAAGGUUUUGUCCAAAUACAACAGGCAAACUUGCUUGAAUUUUGUGAACCAUGGAGUUUUUCAGCAGGCAUUGUGGCACUGGUACAGAAAAGCUGGUACUAUUGAGGACUGGGUAAGAUCUGGAAAGGAAAAAUGCAAGCUUAGUUCAGCAAUGAUGGUUGAGCAGCUGCGGUUUUGGAGAACCUGCAUCUCUUAUGGGUUUUGUAUAGCUCAUUUUGCUGAUUUCUUUCCUGUUUUGUGUCUGUGGCUCAGUCCUCCUGAGUUUGAGAAACUAAGUGAACACAAUGUUCUUGUUGAGUUUAGUUCUGUUGCUAGAGAGUCAUAUCUUGUCUUAGCAGCUCUGGCACAAAGGUUACCGCUCCUUCAUUCAGUGGAGCAGCUUGCCAAUCAAGAUCUGGGAGUUUCUGCCAGUUAUAUUGAGACAUGUUCUUGGAGCCAUGUUGUCCCGAUGGUAGACUUAGCGUUAUCUUGGUUACAUCUUAAUGAUAUUCCCUAUGUAAGUUCACUAAUCAGCGGGCAGAAUAGGAAUACAGAGCACAUGGUAGAGGCAAGCUAUUUGAUUUUGGUGAUUGCUUCUGUGUUAGGCAUGCUUAAUUCAAUUUUGGAAAGAAUAUCACCAGAUGUCACUCCUGAGGAUAAAAGUUACAGCUUGCCCUGGAUACCUGAUUUUGUCCCCAAAAUUGGCCUGGGCAUAAUUAGUAAUGGAUUUUUCAGCUGCUCGGACACUGUUGCUGUUAGAAAUGCAGAGCAUCAGUCUUUUGUUCUUGGCGUCUUUGGUGCAGGGACUAUGUUUUAUGAGAUGCCAUGGGAGCCAAAAAAAGUUGUUCUGAGUGUUUCAAUGAGUCUGGAACAGAACAUAGAGAUGUUUGGUAGGGGAGGGCCAGCUCCUGGUGUUGGGUUUGGCUGGGGGGCAUGUGGUGGAGGGUUUUGGUCUCUUAAAUGCCUACUUGCACAAUUGGAUUCGCAAUUGGUUGUAGAAUUGAUCAAAUGUUUCUCUUCAGUUCAAGGAAGUCCUGUCAUCCUCGAUGAAGGUGUGAAGUCAGAUAAUGUGACUAACACAGUUGUGACAGCUUCAAAUUGGAUCAGUUCUUCCCUAGGGUUGUCUUUGAUUGCCGGACCUGGACAAAUCUAUAUGUUGGAGAAAGCUUUUGAUAUGAUUUUUGAACCUUCCAUUCUGAAGUAUCUCAAAUCAUCUAUACACAAAUUUGCCUCUGACAUGGAAUUACUGAAACCUUUUGAAUGGGACAUAAAUGAAGAUGAAUAUCUGCUCUUCAGCAGUGUUCUCAAUUCACAUUUCAGAUCCAGAUGGUUAGCUGUCAAGAAGAAGCAUUCAGAUAAAUACGCAGGAAAUAAUAGCAGCACUAAGAUUUCAAAAACACCAGAGACAUUGGAGACAAUUCAGGAAGAAACAGAAUUGACAGAAGCUGUAAAUCAACCUUGCAACACAUUAGUGGUAGAGUGGGCGCAUCAGAGACUGCCUCUUUCUGUCCAGUGGAUUCUAAGCGCAGUUUGCUGCAUUGAUGAUCCAAAAGGCACGCUCUCAACAUCAGCCAACUAUAUUCUUGAUGUCUCAAGGGCUGGUCUUAUCUUCCUUUUAGGUCUGGAGGCCAUUUCAGCUACCCUGUGCCUCCAUGCUCCUUUGAUCUGGAAAAUUCAUGCACUUUCGGUCUCUAUCCGCUCUAGCAUGCGUUUGCUACAAGAAGACAGAAGUAGGGAUAUUUUCUGUGCUUUACAGGAAUUGUAUGGCCAGCAUCUGAACAGGUUAUGCCAGAAAUUCUGUAAAUCUAACUCUGUUGAGGAAGUUAAGGGUGUUGCAGUGGCCACUUCAGAGGAAGCAAUGGAGAUCAGUAGCCUCGAAGUUCUCAGGUUCCAGGAGAAAAUUCAUGGAAGCUACACUACUUUUGUUGAGAGCCUAGUUGAUCAAUUUGCAGCUGUCUCAUAUGGAGAUUUUGUUUUUGGUCGGCAAGUGGCCAUUUAUCUGCAUAGAAAGGUUGAGCCAGCAGUACGGCUUGCAGCAUGGAAUGCACUGUCUAAUGCGUAUGUGCUUGACCUGUUACCCCCGCUAGACAAAUGCAUUGGCAACGCCCAAGGAUACUUGGAGCCUCUUGAGGAUGAUGAAAAUUUUUUGGAAUCUUAUGCUAAAUCAUGGACGUCUGGUGUCCUUGACAAAGCUUUACAGCGUGAUUCCAUGGCCUUCGCAUUGGCAAAGCAUCACCUUUCAGGCUUUGUCUUCCAGUCCAGCGAUUCUGGCAAAACGCUGCGAAACAAGCUGGUCAAAUCGCUUAUCCGGUGCUAUGCACAGAAGCGGCAUCAUGAGGCUAUGCUGAAGAGCUUCGUUCUGCAAGGCAUCACACAGGAUUCCAAUAGCAGUGGCAAUGAGCUUGAAUGGCGAUUCGAAAUCUUGAAGGAUGCCUGUGAGAUGAACUCCUCCCUCUUAGGUGAAGUCCAGAGGCUGAAGGCAUGUCUUGGCCAAUGA